ACACGUUUGACCUGGUGGUUAGCAGUUUAAGUUUGCAUUGGGUAAAUGACCUUCCUAGAGCACUUCAACAGAUUCAUUAUAUUUUAAAACCAGAUGGAGUGUUUGUUGGUGCAAUGUUUGGAGGCGACACGCUCUAUGAACUUCGGUGUUCAUUACAGUUAGCAGAAACGGAAAGGGAAGGAGGAUUUGCUCCACACGUUUCUCCUUUCACUGCCGUCAAUGACCUAGGACACCUGCUUGGGAGAGCUGGUUUUAAUACACUGACUGUGGACACUGAUGAAAUUCAAGUUAAUUAUCCUGGGAUGUUUGAAUUAAUGGAAGAUUUACAAGGUAUGGGUGAGAGUAACUGUUCUUGGAAUAGAAAAGCCCUGCUGCACCGAGACACGAUGCUGGCAGCCUCAGCGGUGUACAGAGAAAUGUAUAGAAAUGAUGAUGGUUCAGUACCUGCCACAUAUCAGAUCUAUUACAUGAUAGGAUGGAAAUACCAUGAUUCACAGGCAAGACCUGCUGAAAGAGGUUCCGCAACUGUGUCAUUUGGAGACCUAGGAAAAAUAAGCAAUCUUAUGUCACAGGAG